UAGCACGGAAUUGCUUCUUCGCCGGAUCGUGAGAGUCCAUUGAGCUAAGCUCCGUCGCUCGCUGGUAAUUUCGCUUGCGUAGAGCUCAAUUUGUCGACCUCAUCGACCAUGGCGGCAGUGGUGUGCGCAGGUGCUGUGGCUGGUACUUCUGCUGCCGUGGAAUGGGCGCCUUCCUCCGCUGCAAGCUCCUCCGUGGGAGCUUCCCGUAGCGUGGCUUUUCGGGGCGCUGCUCUGGCCGUGAAGCCACUCAGGGUUUGCCGAAGACGUGAAGACGAUGGGGUUGAGUUUCUGCAGGGACGGAUGCAGAGAUUGACUGUGAAGGCGUCUGCGGAGGACGGCGACGGUGAGGUGACUUUGAACAAGCCCGCAGGCUCUGGCAAGAAGAAAAAAUUGGUCAUCUCACCCCCAAAGAAGCAGAGGGUUUUGCUGAGAUUUUUGUGGUUGGAGAAGAACAUCGGCAUCGCACUUGACCAGGUUGUACCAGGCCAUGGAACCAUUCCCCUCAGCCCCUACUACUUUUGGCCACGAAAGGAUGCAUGGGAAGAAUUGAAGGCAAAGCUAGACAGCAAAGGUUGGAUCUCAAGGAAGAGGACCAUUAUCUUGCUGAACCAAGCUACUGACAUUAUCAACUUGUGGCAGCAAAAUGCCGCCGAGCUUUAGAUGAAGAUAGAGUUGUGUUAAUUAUAUUUGAUCCUGGAGUAGCUGUAAUGUGUUAAUUAAAUUUCUAAUUGAGAACUUUCCCACAUUUCUUUCGGCA